AUGGAUCAAGGCAUAGUUAGAACCUACAAAUCCUCGUGCAUAACCAGCUUGAUGCAUAGUAUUUUCCCACUGAUUAAACAGGUGAAAUCCUUUCGGAUCUUUUCACACCGUAAUUGGCGUUCCAAUGAACCACGAAGUGCCACAAGUUCCUCCAACGAAGCUAGCUGUCUUUGUCAGUUUGGCUUAUGUGCACCUGUCGAAAAACGGGAUAACUAUGUGCGAGGCAUAUCACUUACGGAUAAUCGCGUAGGUGAUCGAACCAAGAAGGACGAGAGCAGCCAAAAAGAUGAAAAAACGUCUAAAAGCGUCAAAGUUUCUGGGAAGUUCUGGUGA